AUGACUUCUGAAGGAGAAGCUCGUACCUGUGUCGCUCCACGGAGCGUAUGGGGCUUACCCACUUCCUCAAAACGCGCUCUACUUAUCCAUGGCAUGAGCUGCUCGUCACACGGCAUGAUCCACAUUGCUGAGAAGCUCGCCGAACAUGGCUACUAUGUCAUUGCUCCAGAUCUACCUGGUCAUGGCAUUGGCUCCCGUGCAGACACCUACACAUGGGCGGACUACGACAAGGUCAUGGUCGCGCUAUACCACGAGGCGACGUACGAUCUCGUCGUCGGCUUCUCUUGGGGAGCCGUCCUUGCUCUCCGAGUUCUCGACCAACUUCCAACCCCGUAUCACGAGCGCAGUCAACGGACGCGCGUCGUUCUCUUGGAUCCUCCUACAUGCAUCAGCGAGGAGACGCAGAACUUUUACUACGGCAUGUUCAGUACUGUCGCCAGGAAUCCGCCCAAGCCCGAGUUCUACUUGGAGAAGUUUCCGCGGUGGACAAAGAAGGACGCAGUCCUGCAGAUCAUGGCGAAUGAGCUCUGCGACCCGCUACUUGUUGACCACCUCCUUCACAAAUGGGACCACGAAGAGCAUCUCGCCAGCAUACCGUCAUGCGUCGAGCCGAUCUUCCUUCUCGGUGACCCCGAAGCAGGCGGGCAUUGUGGCUUGAAGGAGCUUGAGCCCUACCCGCAGUACGAGAGGAGGGUCGUUAAGGGCUCUUCUCACUGGCUUCCGUACGACGCCCCAGACGAGGUUGUUGAGACAUGCAUUGCACCGGGGAAGACGAUCACCGCUCAGUCUUAG